AAAAAAUUUAUUUCUGUGAAGAAAGUGUCGGAUUAUAUUGUAAAUACAAAAAUAUUUGUACAUUUAAAAGCUGCUUUUUGUGUAGAAAGGUGUGGAAAAUUGUAAACUUGUCGUAAAUAAAACGGCGAAUAAUUAAAAAAUCUACUUAUAUAGAAUUUCGGACGUGGUUAGCGUGGGGAUUAACAUUGGUAGCGGCCAUUUUGAGCGAACGCAGAAACGUCAGCAGCAGCAGCCCCUUGCCUUGUACUUGACUGAGUUACGAUAACUACCACAGUGCCGCUGUAAGCUUUAGCGCCACAAAGUUUAGCUUAGUAAACAUAAACAAAACACCAAAGUUCAAAACAAAAUAACUAGCAAAAUGGCAGAUGAAGAUAUUACUUUAAACGAGGAUCAGCUGUUGGAGUCAUUGGAUGAGACAAACGGCGAACAGGAGACUGAAAUUGUGACUGAAACAGAGGAGGAGGGCAGCAUGCAGAUCGACCCAGAGCUGGAAGCCAUCAAGGCACGCGUCAAAGAGAUGGAGGAGGAGGCUGAGAAAAUCAAGCAAAUGCAAUCAGAGGUAGACAAACAAAUGGCUGGCGGUUCAACAACCGGUCUGGCCACAGUGCCGCUUUCACUCGAGGAGAAGCAGGAGAUUGACACGAGGUCCGUCUACGUGGGCAAUGUGGACUAUGGGGCAUCUGCAGAGGAGCUCGAGGCUCAUUUCCAUGGCUGUGGCACAAUUAACCGUGUGACCAUACUGUGCAACAAAGCAGACGGACAUCCCAAGGGUUUUGCCUACAUUGAAUUCGGUUCCAAGGAGUACGUGGAGACUGCACUGGCCAUGAACGAAACUCUGUUCCGAGGACGUCAAAUCAAGGUCAUGUCCAAGCGCACAAACCGACCUGGACUCUCCACAACAAAUCGCUUCGCUCGUGGCAGCUUCCGGGGACGAGGUGCACGCGUCUCCCGCGCCUGUUGCCACUCCACUUUCCGAGGCGCCCGACGCGCAAUAGGUGGAUACCGUGGCCGUGCCAACUACUAUACGCCGUAUUGAUUAUUGUUUAUUAACUUAUAGUAAGAUUUUUUUAAUAUAUAAUUUCAAAAAACA